AUGACCUCUGCUGUCCUCAUCAACCCUCCAACACCACCCACUCCAGUUGGUCCUACCACAAGGAAAGCCACACGCCCAACCACCAAAAUACCGCAAUCAUUGAUUGAUAGCGCCCGUAUCGCUCACAAGGAAUCAUUUGACCCCCAAAAGCACCUAUGCUUUCAACACCCCGACAAAGUUUAUACUAUGAAGGAGAUUGGCCUGGAAGGGCAUGGGAUAUCAUCAAUUGCCGCAUCCGAGCCCUUUCCUCUCUUCACUACCGAAGCAAUAAAGCAGAUCCGAGCGGAAGUCUUCAGUGAACCCGUUCUUCGAGACUGUCAAUACACCUCCUCUUUCACUAAGAACAUGAUAAGGGGCAUGGGCCGGGCUCGUGCCCCGUUCUCCUAUGAUGCGUGGACCUCUCCAGAGCUCCUUGCCUACGUUUCACAGGUUGCAGGUAUUGAUCUUACUUGGUGUUUUGACUAUGAGAUUGGCAAUAUCAAUAUCUCAGUUGAGGACGAUGAAAAGCAGACAUCUAAGGACCAAGAUCCAACUGCUUUUGCCUGGCACUACGAUAGCUUUCCCAUCGUGUGCGUGACGAUGAUAUCAGAUUGUGAGGGGAUGACUGGAGGAGAAACCGCGAUGAGAAUGCCAUCUGGGGAGAUCAAGAAGAUUCGUGGGCCGACGAUGGGGACUGCAAUCAUUCUCCAAGGUCGAUAUAUCGAGCACCAAGCACUGAAAGCUCUUGGAGGUCGAGAGCGGACCACCAUGAUUACUCCGUUUAGACCAAAGUCCCAUAUGUUUAGGGAUGAGAGUGUUCUCACGACUUGUCGAGCUAUAAGUAAUUGGUCUGAACUAUAUCACGGGUAUACCGAGUACAGACUAGAGCUUCUGGAAGAACGCUUCCGUGCCAAGUUGAAGGAGGAGAGAAGAAGAGAAGAGGCCAAACGGUGCUUUAAUGUUCGAGGGAUGCGUAAGUUUCUGAUGGAGCAGAAAGCGUACUUGGAGACCACUAUCAAUGAGCUUGUUGAGAUGGAGGAUAUUGACUAG